AACCAAGCCAUUAAGAAGGAUCGGGGGAUAGCUCAAAGAUAACAAAUUGUUUCUUUGGUGGGCAAAUUUUCGAAGAUAACACGCAUUUCCAUCAUGGCAACUCUGGCGGUUGUAUAUUUUCUCAUGAUGUAUGGGACCAGUAUGAUGGCGAUGCCGAUACCUCGGGAUACUCUCUCUGAGGGUCAUGGGUUCGAAGGCCCUGUGGAAGCUGCAACAUCAGGUGUAGUCUCGACCUCCGUACCUUUGGAUGACAGUGAAGUUACGAAAUAUUUUCAAGACUAUGGUUUCUUGCCCCAAUCGAUAUAUGUUGAAAUGGACCCAGAAAGUGUUGAAGUUAAUCUUACCGACGCCAUUUUGAAGUUCCAAGACUUUUUUGAGCUGCCCUCCACUGGUGUCGCCGAUACAAGAGUUCAAGAACUUAUACAUCUUCCCCGAUGUGGCAUACCGGAUGUAUUUUCUUUCUCCGUUGGCUAUUUCCGGUGGUAUGACCUCAACUUGACAUAUCGUAUCGCUGAACUGGAUGAUAGCAUGCCUAUCGGUCGACAGGUUAUCAGUGACGUCAUUCAUGAUGCGAUGCAGAUGUGGAUGUCUGUGACGUCAUUAAUCCUAUGCGAGGUGACCGAUCCGGACGUUGAUGUCGACAUUCAUAUCCGACAUCUCGAGGGCGAGCACGGUGACGGUAUCUCAUUCGAAGGACCCGGAGGAACCCUCGGUCACGCCUUCUUACCGACCUUCGGUGAGGUCCAUCUCGAUGCUGCCGAAAAUUGGACAGUGGACACGGGGGAUGGAAUCGACUAUUUUCAAGUCGUCGUCCAUGAAAUUGGGCAUGCUCUGGGUUUGAUGCAUUCCGGCGUAGAGGGGGCUAUAAUGUAUCCCUUUUAUCGAUUUCGUUCGGAAGUUGAGCUUCAUCAAGAUGAUAUUCAAGGAAUUCAGCUGAUGUAUGGAACACCUGACGACCUUCAAAGAGAUGUAAGAGAGCAUAGAUGUCCUUAUUCUGGACAGACCACUUCACCUUCUGGACAAAGACAAGUUACCGAAAGAAUUACCACUUUACAUCCUAUAAGUGGAACCCUGAAUAACAUAGAGACAAAUCUGGAAACAACAGAGUUUAUGGACACAACAAGCAGAGCAUCACAUACUAGGAAUUUGGUGCUUACACUAGCGACCACGAACUCAGACUUGGGAACAUCAUCGUCAUCAUUUUCAUUUGCAUCGUCAUCAUCAUCACCAUCAUCAACCUCUCUUCCACCGUUAUCAUCAUCAUCAUUAAUACCAUCACUAAUAACACCGCCAUCAUUGUCUUUACCAUCGUCAUCAUUGUCAUCAUCACUAUCAUUGUCCUCAUCACCAUCAUCAUUGUCAUCAUCAUCAUCAUUGUCAUCAUCACCAUCAUUACCACCAUCAUCAUCACCAUCAUCACCACCAUCAUCACCAUCAUUACCACCAUCAUCAUCACCAUCAUUACCACCAUCAUUACCACCAUCAUCAUCAUCACCACCAUCAUCGUCAUCACCAUCAUUACCACCACCAUCAUCGUCAUCACCAUCAUUGCCACCAUCAUCACCAUCAUCAUCAUUAUCAUUGUCAUCAUCAUUACCACCAUCAUCACCACCAACAUCAUCAUCAUCGUUACCAUCUUCACCAUCAUCAACAUCAACAUCAUCAUCAUCAUCAUCACCAUCAACACCUCCAACAACAGUACCUUCAACAUCAACAAAAACAGAAUCAACAAUGGUAGCAACACAAUCAGUGCGAGCAAACAUUCCUCUGCAAAACGGCAACAUUACAGACUUUACUGACGUCACGCAAAAUGUUACCUCAAGUGCCUCAGAAUCCUUAGCAGCUGUAGAUGACACAAGCUGUGGAGACGCUUUGCACUUUUCUAACAAAAAGAACGUUAUUGCAUUUAUUUGUAUUUUAUUUGGUUUGAUGUAUGAAUAGUAUAUUUAUAGCAAUAACAUUCAUAAUUUGUUAUCAAAAUUAUUAUAUAUUUUAAAGUCGGAUAUUUCACUGCAAUAGGGAUUUU